UCAUUUCCCUCUUCGCAAUAGCCCAUUUUCCAUAAUUCGAUUACUCUAUACUAUUUUCUAUUCCGAAGAAAGACGACGACUCGACUCAUAUUGUAUUUUCUCGUUCAAAUCAAUCUCCGAGAAUGGAGCUUCAGAGAUCAGCGAUGAUGAGGCUCUUUGUAGGGUUUCUGCUGCUGUCUUUCGCACCUUUCUCAAUUCAUGGAAGAUUCGUGGUGGAGAAGAACAGCUUGAGGGUGACAUCGCCGGACAGUAUCCGGGGAACCCAUGACAGCGCCAUUGGGAACUUUGGCAUACCUCAGUAUGGUGGCAGCAUGGCUGGGAAUGUUUUGUACCCAAAAGACGAUCAAAAGGGCUGCAAGGAGUUUUCCGACUUUGGGAUUUCGUUCCAAUCCAAGCCCGGAGCUCUUCCGACCUUCGUUUUGCUGGAUCGUGGAGAUUGCUUCUUUGCUUUGAAGGUCUGGAAUGCCCAGAAGGCAGGAGCUUCUGCAGUUCUGGUGGCUGAUGACAUGGAGGAACCACUAAUAACAAUGGAUUCUCCUGAAGAAGAUGGUUCAACUGCCAAGUACACUGAGAACAUAACCAUCCCAUCAGCACUUAUUGAUAAAAACUUUGGUGAAAUAUUAAAGAAAUCAAUCAGUUCUGGGGACAUGGUCAACGUGAAUCUUGAUUGGAGAGAAGCUGUUCCACACCCAGAUGAUCGCGUGGAAUAUGAACUAUGGACCAACAGCAAUGAUGAAUGCGGAGUAAAAUGUGAUAUGUUGAUGGAAUUUGUGAAAGAUUUUAAGGGUGCAGCUCAGAUUCUUGAGAAAGGUGGUUAUACUCAAUUCACACCUCAUUACAUAACUUGGUACUGUCCUGAGGCAUUUACCUUGAGCAAACAGUGCAAGUCCCAGUGUAUCAAUCAUGGAAGAUACUGUGCCCCUGAUCCUGAACAGGAUUUCAGCACUGGUUAUGAAGGGAAAGAUGUGGUUUUGGAAAACCUAAGGCAGCUCUGUGUUUUUAAAGUGGCAAAUGAAACCAAAAAGCCUUGGGUCUGGUGGGACUAUGUGACAGAUUUCCAAAUUAGAUGUCCUAUGAAGGAGAAAAAGUAUAACAAGGAAUGUGCUGUUGCUGUCAUUCAAUCUCUUGGGCUGGAUGUCAAGAGUGUUGACAAGUGCAUGGGAGACCCUUCAGCAGACUCUGAAAACCCUGUUUUGAAAGAAGAGCAAGAUGCUCAAGUUGGGAAAGGAACGAGAGGUGACGUGACCAUAUUGCCUACUCUUGUUGUCAAUAAUCGACAGUACAGAGGAAAGUUGGAGAAAGGUGCUGUUUUGAAGGCCAUCUGUUCUGGUUUUGAGGAAACAACUGAGCCAGCUGUUUGUUUGAGUGGUGAUGUGGAGACGAAUGAGUGCUUGGAUAACAAUGGUGGUUGCUGGCAUGAUAAAUCAGCCAAUCUCACUGCCUGCAAGGACACAUUUCGUGGGAGGGUAUGUGAGUGUCCCCUGGUUGAUGGGGUGCAGUUCAAAGGAGAUGGUUAUACUACCUGUGAAGCAAGUGGGCCUGGGAGGUGCAAGAUAAACAAUGGUGGUUGUUGGCAUGACGCUCGAAAUGGGCAUGCAUAUUCUGCUUGCACUGAUAAUGGAGAGGUCAAGUGUCAGUGCCCUCCUGGAUUUAGAGGCGAUGGUAUCAAGAGUUGUGUAGAUAUUGAUGAAUGCAAAGAGAGAAAAGCCUGUCAGUGUUCUGAUUGCAGCUGCAAAAACACCUGGGGAAGCUAUGACUGCACAUGUGGUGGGGACUUAUUGUAUAUGAGGGACCACGACACCUGCAUAAGUAAAACUGCCAGAGAGACACGCUCUACUUGGGCUGCUGUUUGGGUCAUCUUAAUAGGCUUGGGUAUGGCUGCUGGUGGGGCAUAUCUUGUGUACAAAUACAGAUUAAGGUCUUACAUGGAUUCAGAAAUCAGAGCGAUAAUGGCACAAUAUAUGCCCCUGGACAGCCAGGGAGAAGUUCCGAAUCACGUCAACGAAAAUCAUGCAUGAGAGAUUCUCUCCAAUCGUAAUCUUCCAAGAACUUGAUGUGAUGAAAAUGUGGAUGUGUACCAUGAAAAGAAAUAACUUUUCUUCAUCUAAUCACAGAAUUUUUGAGUCUCCGAUUGUCAUCUUAUAGAUGCGUUGUAACAUAUUUGGAUAAUAAAUUAAUGCAGAUUUCACCAUGUCCGUUGUUUAUUAGGACUGUAAUAUGCACUGCAGCAGCAGCAGCAGGAGUCAGAGGACGACAGUUGAAGGAAGGGAUUUGAUUUUAUUUGAUUUGAAGAGGCAGAUUUCAAAGGGUUAGGGAGUACUUACCAUCCAGAAUUUCAUUUCAUGGAACUUGUUCUUCAAUUUAAAUGCAACCCUGUAAUUUACUCACUUUUUACUUCUAGGACAGGUUGAACUUCGUGUUAUUACUAUUGUCGAUUGAGGGAGUUCUUUUCGUUUUUCUUGUUAAUCAUAAAUUAAGUAACCAGAUGCACAUUUGAGACUAUAUUUACAUGUUAGUAAUGGAUCUAAUAGGAGUGGAGAUUAGCAAAGUAUUUUAUUUAUUUUUUGGAGAUAUUGGUUUUGGAG